CAUAAAUUAAAAGUUGAGUAAAUUACACGAACAAAAAUAUAGUACAAACUUAACUUGUGUCCUGCGAGUUAGAUGCGAUUACGACGUGAUUUGUGAGAAAAUUGCCUAAUUUUCAUUUGGCUCGUGUGAUGAUUAUUAUAAUAAAUCGGUGCAGCGUGUCGCACUUUCUUCUUUGCCGGUCUAAUGGAUGUUUCAUGUGAAAUCCGUGCAGUUUUGUUGGUGUUGAUUUGCUCCAAAGUUCGCGCCGGUAAGUAGUUCAGCAUCCUAAAAAAGAGCAGUUCAUGAAUCUGAAAUCGGGGUUAUCACGAAAUACUGACCCUGUUUGGCGUAUGUUCUGGCCCUAAAUAUCAGCUCCACUAAAAUACUCUUAGAGACUACCAAAACUGUUAUACUAAGUAAGUUUCAGAACUUUAAGACAUCUUUAACGUGUAGUAGUCGUGUACAUGUAGUAUAAACAUGGUAAACCAGACAGAGGUAUUUAGCGUGUGACCACAGUACUAACGUCUUCUGUUAAGAGCGUCGUUCAGACCCACUUGACAGACGACUUAAACCUCUCAGGCGUUUUUAAAAAUGCGUCUAGUCACAAAAAUGGGAAGCUGUACAUUGGAGCACAUUUAUGCUCAACUCGUUCUCUUUUCAGAAAACUCUGCUUUUAAUUAAUUUCAUGCGUCCGUUUUUUACACCAUGCAGAUGACUUCAAUGUCUCGGACGUCAAAUUCGUCUAGAUGACUGAGUCUUUUAUAGCCCAGGAUGAAAACGGCAGACCAUUUAUGACGAGGCAAAGAACACAUAAUUCUAACCAAUGUAACAGUUGUGCGACAAUGAAAGAUUUAUCAAAAAAAGUUUUAGUUUGAUUCGUUUUAGCCAGUCUUGAGGCCAAUUUAUUGGCGGAAAUAUACAUUUAUAUGUAUUAUGAAGCUAUGUCGUACUAUAUACUUUACAAAUUAAUAUAAUGCAUAUUUUGUUCUGAAAUAUGUAGUGCAAGCGGUCGGGAGAUUACUUUAAGUUUAGUCCAGAUUUAAUUCUUGUCGAACAAAUUUUGGUUUUUAAUAGAAGCAAAAUUUCAUAUCUGCACAAAUAGUUAUUUAUCCCGGCAUAUUCAUUCUGUCAUUGUUAGACAAUAAUCACCGACUUCGUCUUGAAUUUUCUUUAUAUAACGUAGUGCCCUUCAUUUAAGUUUAGUUUGUUUUUUUUUUUUUACUUUUUAUAAUUAAAGAUUAUGUGGCACAUUCAGAUGGUACUGAAAACAGCAGCCAAACAAGUAAGUGUACAUUAAAGUUUAAAAAAUACUUGAAGUAACUGGCCAUCAGUGUAAACACUCAGAUUUAUGUAAUCCCUCAGCUAGGUGGGUUCAAUAGGUAUCUGGCAUGUCUAAGCUGUACUUGGAACUAUGAUUGAAAACAACAAUUCGGCUCUUGUAGGAUGUAUCUUGGAUACUGGAUUCCAUGCUUGUCAUUCCAGCGUCGGGAUUCCUUGCCAGUGGAACUUGGAUUCCGGAUUGCGUAAUUCCGGAUUCCAAAGCCCAGGAUUCUGGAUUCCAUAAACAAAAAUUUCCCGGAUUCCGAAAUAUGGAUUAACUUACGGGGAUGGGGCGAAGCAAUUUGUGACGGUGGGGGUUGACGGUGGUAAAGAUGUCAUAGUGAUUGUGAUGAUAAUGAUGAUAGGUCUCUUCUAACCUUCUUGUAUUCACUUGGGUCUAUGUGUAGCAAAUGUGAGCUAUUAUCGGAAGUAUAGCAAUCUUUGUUAAACCCAGUUCUUGAGCUCUAACUUCUCAUACAUAUAUCUAGCCGGAUUUUUGAAAACGUCACCGCCAAAUGGACCUUUUGCGUCCAAAGUAGCCAUUAUGAAAAUUAAGGGUGCAGCCAUUGCUUUUUUCUCUUCUCCUCCUUUCUUCCUCCUAGCUCUUUCUUUUUCUCUUUUCCUCCUCUUCGUUAGUGUGAUUUUUGAGCUUAUCUGGUCCAAAUAGCCCGGAAAAAAAACUGUUGUUCGCAAAAGGUCCAAUUGGCGAUAACGUUUUAAAAAUCCGGCUACAGUUAUGUACCUAUUGACUAACUUUUGUUUUUCACUUCAGUUGCUUUUACUAUUUUGAUCGUGUUUGGCGUAGUGUUUGCCGUUCAGGUCAUUGUGUUCAUGCUGUUUGCUUGCAAAGCGUGGGACGCUGUGUACGGGUAAGGGUUCUUUACUGGUUGACUAAUAACACCCCUAAUGCUGAGUCUAAUAUAUUACAGUCGACGCACUCGUAACAGAAACCUCUAUAAGACGGGUACCUCUGGGUCACCUCAAGCUGUACACCCAGAGUUGGUCAGGGGCGGAUCUACGAUUUCUUGGGGGUGGGGGGGUGGUGCAAAACUAAGGAAUAGCGUACCUGAUUGGUGACGUAAACAAAUUUAAAAGCGAAUACGAAGGAGAAGGCUUUUGGUUGGCAAUAACAUUAUGUGAACUGCUGAGAAUACAUAUCAUACAUAUCUGCACAUUUUGCAGAAUAUCAGUUGUAUUAGAAAGCCGCAGGCCAUCUCAGGGAGAGGGGGUACCCACUCCCUGCACCCCCUCCCCGAAUCUUCCCCUGAGUUGGACCCUGUUUUUCCUUACUUCCUUUAUUUGACUCUCUAUAAGAAGGACAUCUCUCUAAGAUGGACACUGUACUUAGUGCUGGUCCCAAAGGUCUCCGUCUUAGAGAGAACUGACUAUAUAUGGUUAGAUUUGACCGUGGUUACCGUGGUCACGUACGCAGCUAAAUCAACCAUCUUUAAUACACAUAGGCUGUUGGAAGGGAGCAACGCAAAACCCUGAGAAUAUGGAUGAAACCCGUUAAUUCUACUGUAGAUAGGAGUGGAAAUUACUUCCAGCUGAUCACGGGUAGUAAUGAUGAUCGCGAUAAUGAUGCGGAUAUUGAUGACUAUGACCAUGUUGAUGUUGAUAAUGAUGAUGAUGCUAGUGAUGGUGAUGUUGAUGAAGCAAAUAAUUUUAAUAACAAUAAUAAUUAUAAUAAUUAUAAUAAUAAUAGUAAUAGUAAUAAUGAGUAUGCUCAGUAUUUCGACAAGCUUUCUGGUUUCAACCUUUGAAAGCUCACUCAGCUUUCGGGAGUUUGAUUGGUCAGUUAUCUUUUCUUCUCGUUCCAAAUAUGGUACUUUCGAAAAUGAAUAAUCACGAGCAUCGGACAAAGCAAACAUAUGAGAGUUACACGUUUCAACCCCUUAUGAGUUUCUGGUGCAACACACUUGUUGUUAAUAAAUAUCCAAUUUCCUCCACUUUAUUUCCAAACUAAGUUGCACUUUUUUGAGUCUAGAAAUAGUAGUCUUCAUCAAAGCAGAUGCUGCUGUCCCGCUUCUAAAUUCACCAGGUCACUACAAACAAAGGGCACUUAAAUUACUACGAAAUAACCUAUUCACCACUGCAAUUUCAUUUUGCCUUGUAGAUCUCGCUCAGUAAGGGCGGACCCCGUAAUGCAAGGGGAAAACGAUUUUCCUUUCUUACCGUCUUACGAUAUGGCAAUGAGCAGCCCAACAGUCAGGCAACAGUCUGUACAAUCAGUCGUGGGAAAUGCAAGUAUAGAUAACGGAGUCAUUGUGGACAUGACAAGACUCAGUGUAGACCAAGUAACCCACAACCGUCACGAUUCCAUAGAGUCAAUAGGUUCUAAUGAGCAUACAUUGUCAAGGAAUGACACCAUCGACAACGGCGUGGUGAUGGAGAUAGAGAGACUUAGUGUGAACACGAGCUGAUACUAGUGGCUCUACUGACGACACAACAGAAAAACUACAAGACAGAUAAGACUUCCUUUUUUCAAGAACUGUCCUCAAGACGUCUGAGACAUUCAGACCUCAAACGACAGCCUGAUAAAUCAUGGAGGCCUCAAAUAAUUGUGUCUUCUCCAAACCACACUGUUCUACUUCUAGAAAUUAAAAUGUUGACCCCUCCCCUUUUUUUCCAAGCUUAGACAUCAGUGGAACAGUCUGAAGCGAAAAUCCAUCGAAACUGCUGGAAUAAGCACCUUAAGAUUAAUAACACUGUCAAGUUUGAGUGUGAAGUGAGCGAAGAUAUAGCGUAGCAAAGUCGCAAGAUUUUACCCACGUUUAUAUGGUCAGGUGUACUCACUACUUUUACAUAGAGACCAUAAUGCUCCUUGUUUACCCCCAGAAUUCUGCAUAACCAUUGUUUUCAAUUUCUCCUAUUACAGUCGUCCCAAGAGAAAGACAGGGUGCGUUAUGAUCCAUGUGAAAAUGGUGAAUGGUCACAUGGGGAACUCUCCCCCCACAUUUCUGGGAAACCGCCUACCUACCCCUCCCCUAAGCCAACAUCAACACUUUCUUCUUACUUGGGGCAAAAUGUUGGCUUAGGGGAGGGGUAGGUGGGCAGUUUCUCAGAAACGCAUAAUGACCCUGAACGUCUAUAAGUUUCGCAACUUUGCGAAGAUUUUACAUUCAAAAUUGGCAACAAAGCUGGUCAAAAGUUGAAAAAAGCGUGGAAGGGUCAAUUGUAAGCAACAAAAAGUCGGACAUAGUUUAAAUUUAUUUAAAAACGACUAAGUAAUGAUGCAUAUGCACGACACGACUUUAAAUAUCACGCAGUCAACAGAGGAAAGCGAUGUCUUGACUUCUAUUUUUUUUCUGUUAGUUAUAGUCCUGUUAGCGUUAUUGUUCUUUAAUAUGUUUUAUGGACACAGAAUUUUGUUAGAAACAAGAUCCCUUUAGCAAGCUAAAUUGUUUCAGUUAAAAUUUUCAGGUAAACUAAAAUUUGUAAUAUAUCAAAUGCUAUUGUAAUUACUACAUGUAUAUACCAUUAUAUAUAUUUUUGAACCGAAUCUGUAACAUUUUGUUACUUCACAUCAGCCGUACCAACUAGGAAGAUCAUGAGAGUUGUUAUAUCACUUCAUAAACAUCUUGUCCAUUUGUGAGAAUUGCCCCAAAUAAUAAAUCAAUUGAGAAUCGUUUGAUCUCCAAUGGCAUUAAAGCUAAAUGGCUUCAACGGUCG